AUGAAAAUGCCUUUAUCUGCGAACAUUCUCAGCCCAAUUCUGGUACAGACCCAAUCACCACAAACGAACACACAAAUCCUGAUGAAUCAAGCUUUGAGUCUCUAUGCUAUCUUGCUGAAUUGCAGCGAGAUUAUUCAGAGCUUCCGUAUACGAAUUGUCUGUCAAUCUCUCCCUCAUCGAAUUCCCUCGAAUAGUUUACUUCGCAGGCUUCAUCAUUUGGUCAAACGCACUUCCUCAGAACGUUCCAUUUGGCUACAUCAACGUUUAACACAGAAGACAUCAGAUUUCACUAAUCGCGCCUCAAAAAUUUUCCGAAUCGUGAAAAUACUCCGUAAUUUCACAGAGAGUUUAUCAGGCUUGGUAGCAUUUUGUGUACGUGAAAUCAUAUCCGAUUUAGAAAUUGAGGUAGAAAAUUAUGAUGGUCAACAAAAUAACAAGGGAUCGAACUCUUUCGCCAUUCUUCUUCUGCCCAUAUCUGGUGUCGCUUUAGGCACAGAGGGACCAUUUUCAGCUGCAGUUGGAAACUGUCUUCUGGGUGAUGAUUUAAAAUGUGGCGACUUCGUUAUGAUAUUCGGUCCUUGGUUAACAUAUUCUCGUGAAUCUAAUCAUUUACCUGUAAUGCAUUCAUUUUUCUGGGUUGAACGUAUUAAAUCUAGGAUCCCGAAUUGUCAUCUCUUUUUAGACAAGACUAUUCCUAAUUUUCAAGCAAACUCUAUACAGCCUCAAGUAAUAACUUGUUCGUGUUUAUCAUCAUGCGACCCGUGUGCUAUGCUGAACUGUCCUAACCGUUUUAGAGGGUUACUAGAACAGAAAUUAUCUGUUAUCUCAGAAUCUCUAAAUUCUUCUGGAGAUACGUUGACAACAGUAUUCAACAGAAAAUGUUUCUUAGUAAUUGGAUGUUGUCGAUUUUGGAUACUAAAGAAAAUAAGAUAUAUUUUGUUAGUUUGGCAUUUUAGUGGUUUUCCUGGACUAAUUCUUUUGCCAAACCAAGGUGCUCAUCUUGGAACAUUGUCGAAACCCGAUGUUUCUUAUCAAUAUUUUAAACUUGGGUGUAUAUACUCUGCAGAAGCACUUCUACAGCUUCCUAAUGAACAGUUGGAAGAUGGCAUUCGCAAGGAGAUACGUAAUCGUCUGGAUGAAAUCAUAAGUCACUUGGGACCACAAUCUAUCAGUAAUUUAGUUGGUUUCAUUCGUGGUACUGAAGCCCAUAGUAAAGGGGAAUUAUUUCUUGAACAUACCAAUUGCGAGAUAAAUUUAUGGGAAGCUCGUGCAUCUAAUUUUAAUUUAAUUGAAUCGAACCAUAUUCAUCUCACUUUACCAACUCCAUACAAAAGUGAUCUGACUAUUUGUACACGCUGUUCCGUCGACGGUUCCCUGCUGAUCGAGCUACCGGAGGGUUCUUUGUCUAAAGACAUUAUUUUGGACUCAUUCUACAAUGAGAUUAAUAAAUCCCAGUUUUCAUCGAAACAUAAAAUGACGUUUGAAAAGUGUUUCACUGCCGGUCAGAAAGUUGCACGUGUAUUUUAUUUAUGGAUUUCUAAGUCUACUACCCUCACAUUACUGUUUACUAUAUCUGCUACAUCGAAUCUUUCAUCUACUGGGUUUGGUGUUCACAUAAAUAUUGAUCAGGCUUUAGUUUUCAGCAGUUUUCUUGUCGUAGAUCGUUUUUGUACACUUGAUAUUGAGAGUUACAUUCAACAUUCUCUACAAGCAUCCAGUUUGAGAAGUUCUCUUGGAAAACAACUUUAUGCCAAUUCAGUUCUUUUGCAGUCUUCGAAAGACUUGAAUAAAAUACGUGUUCAUCAAAUUAUCUUUUUCAAUGGUACCCUGAUUCGUGUAGAUACUAAUCGGUCACAUGUUUGGCCUAUUUGUCCUUACUGUGCAUGUGCUGAUUUUGAAAUUCAUCAUAAUGUGAGUCAUGAGAUCUCUUCGAAACCUGAAAAUUUGAAGUGCAUACGGUGUUCUGCACUUGUGUCAAACCCGCUUCAACGGUCAGAAGUUGAAGUACAAGUUCGAAUUAAAGAUGAAAGUUAUCAGAUGCCUAUGAACAAGCUGAAAGAAUAUCAGUCGCCAUCAGUGGAGUUGACGUUAAAUAUGGCAUCCUGGAGACUCUGCAAGUUACUCAAUAUAACUCGUUCAAAUUUGUUGGUGGAAUCUGGUCUCAACUCAAAGAAUCUAAUAAAUCGACGCUUAGACAAUGUUUAUGCAAUCGUUGUUACUAUUUCGAACAAAGUGACUGUGCAUGACAGUGUGCAGAAACAUAAUACUUAUUUGAAGCAUCUGUACGCUAUCGAGUUAGAUGAAAUCGAGAACAAUGGCCAGUAA